UAUAAAAGCCAGGAGCAGCAGAGCGGUAUGGUGGAAAUAGCUGAAGGGAACGGUGAGCCUGAAGAAAUGGUCGAGUUGCCACAGAAAAAGUAUUAUCGACAAAGGGCUCAUGCUAAUCCGAUGAGUGACCAUGAUAUCGAGUAUCCGGUCUCCCCAGACCAGUGA